UGGGGUGGGGGGUUGUUCAUUGUUUAAUGCCAUGUGGUUGCAUCUUAUUGUUCUAUUGUGUGUCUUGCUUGGGAGCAAACUAUUAUGGGAUGUAUGUGUUUAUGUAUUGGCUUGGUGGGGGGUGUCUGCUGAUGUGUUUCUUGUUGCUAGAUUUGGUUUGCCCCGCCCUGUGUCCAUAUGCAGGGAGGGGGGUUGUUCCCUUGAAUGUAUAUAUCUUGAGUCUAUUUCCAUGGUUUCCUUCAAGUCUGGUGGUCUCCUCUAGUCUUGUAUGGUCAGCAGCUGUGUUCGGGAUCUGU